CAACACAAUUGAUGAUUUCACUCCAUAACCCUUAAAGUUUCCAUCAAUUCUCAAACUUUUCAACAAUAUAAUCCCAAAACCUUUUGCCCAAAUACUUCAAAAAAAAUGUCACGUUUUCCAAUGAAUCGAUAUGAUGAACAAAGAUUAAUUCAAGAAGUUCAUUACCUCCAUUCUUUAUGGCAUCAAGGUCCCCCUAGACCCCACCCCCACCCCCCUAUACCCACCCACCCAACUCCAAUUCCUCUACAGCCCUCAAGUUCAACAAAAUUCAAGAAAAGGAAAAUCAAGAACCCGAAAAAGCUCAAUAAGGAAGCUAUAAUAGAUUCAGGUAUUGAAUGGCCUUGCCCGAAACCUGUCGAAUCGCCACCUGUAACAGAAUCAGGGUGGGGUAGCUUUAAACCACAACCAAUUUUGCAACCUCAUUUGCCCACUGAUCAAGAAUUAGCUAAUUUCGCGUCGAACAGGGCCCACCAAGGGGCGUUAAAGGCGGUAUCGGAUUAUUUUGAGUACUUGAUCGAUGCUGAGGAGGAUGACGAGGAGGAUGAUGAUGAUGAGGAAAAGGGGGAGAAAAGUUAUGGUUUUUUCGCGAAGUUGUUUGAGGAGGAUGGUGUGUUGAGGGAGUAUUAUGAGAAGAAUGGGGAGAGUGGUGGGGAAUUUAAUUGUCUUGUGUGUUGUGGGGCUGGUAAAAAAGGGUGGAAGAAGCGGUUUAAGGAUUGCGUUGCGCUUGUUCAGCAUUCGAUUACUAUAGCUAAUACGAGGCAGGCGCAUAGGGCAUAUGGUCAGGUCAUUUGUAAGAUUCUUGGAUGGGAUUUUAGUAGGCUUCCAUCCAUUGUUUUAAUUGCAGGUUACAAGGCUAGUGAAUCUUCUGAUAAACCCGCGGAGGGUCAGGUAUUAGGCUCCGAACUUCAGACUUCAAGUUUGGCUAAUUCGAACGAAGGCUCCAAUAAAACAUUGCAGGGGAAUGAGGAUGAUGGUGGUAAAGACGGUUUAAGCAAUACAACAGAUACUGUAAAUAUUGGCAGUGUUGAAUUAUCUCAGCAAAAACAAUCUUUUAGUAAUGAAAACCAACAAGAAAAUGGUGGUGGCUCCACAGCGUUAGAGCACAACUCCACUAUUGAAGCCAGUGUCAGCAAUGCUAUUCCCGAAACAGCAAAAGAGAACACAAAAAAUGCAUCCAAUUGUCCGGGCCGUAGUAGAUGUGCCAGGAGAAAAACUUAUAAAAGGCGAUGGUUGAAAGAGAUGGCCAAACUUAAGGAGAAGAACAUAGUUGCUGAAUCAGAAGGACUGGGGACUGAGGAAGAUGGUGAUAAAGACGGUUUGAGUGGUCUAAGCAAUACAACUGAUACUGUAAAUAUCGGCAGCGAUGAAUUAUCUCAGCAAAAACAGUCUUUUAGUAAUGAAAACAAACAAGAAGAUGGUGGUGGCUCCACAGCAUUAGAGCACAACUCUCCACUUGAAGCCACUGUCAGCAAUAGUAUUCCUGAAAUAGCUAAAGAGAACACACAGGGUGCAUCCAAUGGUCCGGGCCGUAGUAGAGCUGCCAGGAGAAGAGCUGCUAAAAGGCAAUGUCUGCGAGAGACGGCCAAAAUUAAGAAGGAGGACACAGUUGCUGGAUCAGAAGGACUGGGGACUGAAGAUGGUGGUAGAGAUGGUUUGAGUGGUCUAAGCAAUACAACAGAUACUGUAAAUAUUGGCAGUGAUGAGUUAUCUCAGCAAAAACAGUCUUUUAGUAAUGAAAACCAACCAGAAAAUAAUGGGGGCUCCACAGCAUUAGGGCAUAACUGCCCAAUUGAAGCCAGUGUCAACACUGAUAUUUCUGAAACAGCAAAAGAGAACACAGAGGGUGCAUCCACUUGUCCGGGGAAUGAGGGUGAUGGUGGUAAGAACAGUUUGAGUGGUCAAAGCAAUACCAUAGAUAAUGUAAAUAUUGGCAGCAAUGAAGUAUCUCAGCAAAAAGAGUCUUCCGGUAAUGAAAACCAGCAAGAUAAUGGCGGUGGCUCCACAGUGUUAGAGCACAAUUCCACGAGUGAAGUCAAUGCAAAUAGAAAUUGGGAAGAUGUUAGCAAUGAUAUACCGGAAACAGCAAAAGAGAAUGCAGAGGGUGCAUCCAAUUGUCCAGAACCGUCGCCAGAUAUGAUUGUUGCAAAUGAAGAAAACGAUCGUCAGAAGCAUGAAGUCUUGACAGAGACAAUAAUCGUUAGUGACAAAAGUUGAACGUUGAUGGCUGUGUUAUUUAAGAACUAUGACAAUGCAUGGUGAAAUGGUUUAUGCUAUCGAGGAUAUCUUGUUCCAGGAGAUCAUCUCUUUCAUGAUAAAGAUGAUUGUUAGAUGAAUUAGGAAAAAAGUUUAGAUUAAUGAGCUAGGUUAGGCGAACCAGUUUAUCUAUGAAGACAUUACUGUUAAUCUGAUGAUACCUUGGUUAUUUCUCUUUCUUGUGGAAGUAAAAAUUAAGAAGAAUACUCAUCAGUGGCUAUACUGUGUUUAGGAACUUUCUGUACUUGGGAGGCCCUAUGCUUUAGUGGUUCUCUCUUCCCCGAUGUUCAAAUGGUAGCACUAUUAUAAUGGAUGAAUCAAUCAAUUACCCUUUACAAC